AAGGAGGGGAAAGAAGAGAAGACAAAAGAUUCAUAAAACUAAAGCAGCUGUGGACGACAGCAAAAGUUCUCGUAAAGCUCACCCUCUUACAAGUUGAAGGAAUGGGCGGCCUUCCAGUGGUCCUGCUCCUCUGCAGUUUCCACGCGCUCACAGCUGUAGCCCAAGCCCAGCCGACUGAGAGCCCCGGGGCACCUGGAGGCACCUUGCCACCCAACUGUAGGGAGGAGAUGUAUCCUUGCACCAGGAUGUACUCAGUUCACCGGCCCAUCAAGAGAUGUAUUGGUGCGCUGUGUAUCUACAGCCUUCCUCGUGUCUAUGUGAUCAACAACGAGAUCUGCAUGAGGACAGUGUGCCAACAGGAUGAGUAUCUGAAAGCCGAGCUGUGCCGAGAGAUGUCCGGGUGGCCCAGGCGCAUUGAGAGGUCAACUAAUAGGAAACGCUGCCGCAAUCGCCGUAGCAACCCCAAAACCUGGGCAAACAAGGCCUGAUGGGGCCCAGGAUGACGAUGGAGCCUCUCUUAGAGACACAAACCAGGGACGUCGUCAUAAAAACAGCCCAUAACACCAUAAAUCCACCGCUCAACACCUGGGGGUCUCCUUCUUUCUCUUUCACACAUACGCACAAGUGUGCUGAGUCAUAUCUAUGUUUAUGUAUUAGCCUUUUGUGUGUGAAUAUUGAAGCUAAAUUCAUCUGUGUGUUUUUGGACACAGAUAAUGUCUUUUGUGGUUUACGAUCCAUUUAAGGUACUGUAGUAAUGGGCCUAUAGCAGCACUGAGUCAUUUCGUUGUACAAAGAAAGACCCACUGUUGUGGAUUGUAAGGUAUUCGUUGACAAUCCAGUAUUAUGUGCACUAUUGUAUCCAAAAAAAAAUAUAUAACUACAUUUGUUCAUGA